AUGAGCGAUGGGGGGAGCGAGGCCGGCAGGCGAGCCCUCCUCCGGGGGGAACCCGGAGCCCUCCCGGAGCCAGCCGGAGCCAAGCUAGAGGGGGCCAAGCUGAGAGCCGGGGCGGCCGCGGGAAGACUCAAGGAGCUGGCGGCGGCCCCCUCGGCCUCCAGCCCGGGCUCGUCCCAGGAGUGCGCCCCGGAGACCGACAGCCAAGCGGCGGGAGGGGAGGCGGAUUACUGCCGCCGGAUCCUGGUGCGAGAUGCCAAAGGGACCAUCCGGGAGAUUGUCCUUCCCAAAGGUUUGGACCUGGAUCGGCCCAAGAGGACCCGGACCUCUUUCACCGCCGAACAGCUCUACAGGUUGGAGCUGGAAUUUCAGCGCUGCCAGUAUGUUGUGGGCCGGGAAAGAACAGAGCUAGCCCGACAGCUGAACCUCUCUGAGACGCAGGUCAAGGUCUGGUUCCAGAAUCGCCGCACCAAGCAGAAGAAGGACCAGAGCCGGGACUCUGAGAAGCGCACCACUUCCACCUCCGAGUCUUUUGCCACGUGCAACAUCCUCCGACUCCUGGAGCAAGGGAGGCUCUUAUCUGUCCCGGCCCCUCCUGCGCUGCUUUCCCCAACUUCCAACCCCAUCGGUUCUCCUUCCGGCAACGGGUCCUCCAUGGGGACACCAGGAAACACCUCACCAGGGCUCAGCAGCCGGGGAAGCCCUCCUGGGUCGGGGGGCUUCAGCUUGCAAGUCCCCACCUUGGCCUCCUCGGCUUCCCCGCGGCUCCCCACCACCCCGCUCUGUUUCAGCGGCCCACUGCUGGGGAGCCUGCAUGAAUUACCUAGCAGUUACGGACUGGGGACAUCCGCCUUCGAGCCUUACAUGCGGCUGGAAAGGAAAGACAAUGCAAUACCCAGCAAGAAGCCAAGUCCUUAA